UGAUAAUCAAGAGCUGAAGACUCGAUUGACAGUUUGGAACAGCACUUACAGCAGAACCUUAUCAUCAAUUUGAUUCGCGGGUGGCCUGGACGCCGGAGAGAAGCAUGAAGUACCUCGUGCGAUUCGCACAAAUGCACGAGUCGUUCCGGCAGGCAGAAAUCGAUUCUCUGGCGGAGCUGAACGGCCUGCAACUUGAAUGGAUUUACUAUUCCGACGAAUCUCCAUUUGCUACCAUACAAUUACCUGCUGAGGAUGAUGAUGGUGAGACUGUCAAAGCCAUCAUCUCGCGAUCAAUCUUGGCUAUUGCAAUUUACGAAUUAUGGGGCGAGGGGCACGAUUACCAAGCAUUACAUGAAGAUGUCCGGCAUCGAACAACACACCUCUGGGAGCAAUACAAGCAGGUAUCCUUCAAAUUUGAGUUGGACAGUUUCCAUGGCAGUCGUUCCCAAAGCCAGCAGCGCGAAAUCAUCGAGACAUUCAGCUACAUGGCGUUUGAGGGUCCGAUCGUUAUGAAGAACCCACAAUGCCACCUCACAGUUUUCGAGGACUUUAAGUUGAACGUCAAGAUCCCGUGGAGGCUCUUUCUAGGCAAGCUUGUCGUCGAGAGUGGUCGUAAAUUCAUCAGCAAGUACAAUCUUAAGAAGCGGAAGUACAUCUCAACUACCUCCAUGGAUGCUGAACUAUCCCUAGUCACCGCGAAUCUGGCGUUGGCUCGCCCGGGUUCCCUGGCGUAUGACCCAUUCAUGGGCACUGGCUCCUUUCCUCUCGCGUGCGCUCACUUCGGCUCGACUGUCUGGGGAAGCGACCUGGACGGGAGGAGCAUACGCGGCAAAAAAGAACGCACCGUCAAGGCAAAUUUCGAGCAAUAUGGCACAUCGUCCUUGUACCUGGAUGGAUUCGUCGCUGAUCUGACAAAUACGCCACUGAAGGUAACCCCGUGUCUCGAUUCCAUCAUCUGCGAUCCACCGUAUGGCGUUCGAGAGGGCUUGAAAGUACUAGGUAGCACCAAGCUUGCACUACUUCAGGAAGUAUUUCUCGCCGACGGCAGCCCGGCGCAUCUACAGAGGGACUAUAUCCCGCCAAGGAAACCUUACAGCUUCAUACGUAUGAUAGAUGAUAUACUCAAUUUUGGCGCAAUGAUGCUUGUCGAGGGCGGACGAUUGUGCAUGUGGAUGCCCGUGGCUGGUGCGGUCAACGAAAACGUAGCGGACACGACCGGUGAUGAAGCCACCACACCUGCUGUCGACGAAGCUGAAUAUGUGAUACCCGAACACCCAUGCUUGGAAUUGGCGAGUUCAUGCCAGCAGGACUUCAAUAAAUGGUCGAGACGUCUUUUGACGUAUCGCAGAUUGAGCGUAGACCGAGUUGACCAAGCCCGAUGGUCCGAGUACAAAGCGGAUCGACUUGCGAUACAGAGCGAUACGCCGGAUGGGCAGAAAUUUUCGGCCGAUGAUCUGAAUGACUUCCGCAAAAAGGUGUGGUCUGCUGCACCAUCUGGUUCUAAUUCCUGCUGACACGACACAGUACUUCCAAGGGUUCAAAUGAGGGAUUGUCAACGUCUCAUUUGUAUUGUGAUCCGCAUGAAUGAGCACGACAGCCCUCGAGCCUGA